UAAUGUACUACUACUAAAAUGCUCCUGUUCAUUAAUAUUCACCAAUCAAAACUAUUCCAGUUGUUCCAUCAGGAUAACCUACCACUAUAUAUCCAUAACAAAUGCCUUAAAUUUAUUAAGCACAGUCUUACAUAUAACCAACAUAAUCAUAUUCAAAUGUUCGAUAUACACAAAAUGCUUAGCCAUUAAAAUAAUCAACAUUAAGCACUUUCUAACCAUAUAGGCCAGAUCCAGAAGUAGAAAAGAUUAUAUCAAAAUAUACUGCUACAUCAAGAAAUUCUUAAAUUGAAUAACCUGUUACUCAUUAACCAUCAAAUAGUAUUCAAUAGAAUUCAAAAAACUAAUUUAGAUAUAAACAUUAAAAUAGCAAUGAAGAAUUAGAAUUUAAAGAUAUGCAUUAAGACAACAAUACACCUUUACAUUUUUAAUUUGAUGAAAUAAAGUAGAGAAAACCUAAUUUAGGAUAGAAUAAUUAUUCUCCAGAUAUCAAUGAAUUUUAGGAUUUUAGUCCUUAAAAAUAAAAAUAAGUUGCUCUUCCAGAAUAAAAUGAUAAAAUUGUUAAAAUAAUAGUUUCUGGUAUAAUUGUUUUAUUAGUUUUAUAUAUCAUAUCCAUGCUAAUACUAAAAUGA